AUGACUGGAAAAUAUCUGGAGUUGAGAAAUGUUGCAUUGAAAGUCGACAACAAAGACAUGAAGCGGAGUGAGAAGCAGAUUAUGCUUUUGAACGGAAUGAAUGUGAAUUUUAUGUCAGGGAAGAUUACUGCGGUAAUGGGAGCAAGUGGAAGCGGAAAGACAACGCUUAUGUCACUUAUUGCUGGAUAUGUACACUCGAACUCGCUGACGUGCGGAAGCAUCUUGCAUGAGGAAAAAGAAAGGGGAUGGAACUCAUGGUUGAAGAAGAUGGUAUAUCUUGAACAAGAUGAUUGUUCAAUUCCAAAACAAACAGUUGGUGAGUUUAUGCAGAAUGUUAUUAGAAUGCGAACAGGCAAGACCAAAAACGAGACGGAUAUGGAACACAAAGUGGUCAAUGAUGUGAUGAAAAAGCUGCACAUUGAUAAAAUCAAGGGAAUGCUGAUGGAAGCGAUAUCUGGAGGAGAAAGGAAGAGGGUGAUGAUAGCUGCAGAGAUGGUUGUUGGAGCAGAUGUACUACUGCUUGACGAGCCAACAUCUGGUCUUGAUUCACACCUUGCACUAAAUCUGAUUAUGGGCAUCCGUGACUACGCCAAGGAGCACAACAAGAUAGUGAUUGUAACCAUACAUCAGCCUGGACCAGGACUGUUUGAUUUGUUUGAUGACCUGCUGUUUAUGAACAAAGGAUCUGUUGUGUACUUUGGACAAGUAAGUGAGUGUGAUGAAUUUCUGAAGAAGAAUGGAGUAGAGAGAAAGGGUAAGCUUUCGCUGAGUGAGUUUUUGUUUGAGCUGUUUUCUGAAGAUUCAAUGAUUCCUGAGGUAGUUGAUAACAAAGAAAAAAUUCAAGAGAUUGCAAAGGCAGCAGCAGCAAGGGGAGAAGAAACCAUCAAAGGCAAGGACAUGACAACAGGAACGAGGUACAAGGUUUGUUUGCUAGUUGAGCCUAAAAAGUCGCUGCAGAUUGCAUUGAGACACAUGGCCAUUGAGUGGAGAACAUGGGAGUUUUUGAGGAGUAGGGCUGUUGAGAUGCUCUUUCUAUUGUUUAUUUUCGGAUUUCUACCGUAUUUUGUACUUGGUAACAUUAUGGCGGGAGCUUAUGUUGAAUAUAAUCACCAUAAUGAUUUUAAAGCGGGCCUUCCUAUAAGAAAUACCAAGUUUAUUUAUGAUAUGAAUUUUAAGGAGAUUAUUGAGUUGUAUAGACAGGAUGUUGAUCCGUCUUUACACAGCAACAUGCUUGAGACUCCUCUUGUUGAAUAUCUUGGGUUUAAUACAAAUAUAUUUGGACUGAUGCCUUGCACCUCGAUGCUGGGAGACCUCAGCUAUAUCACAAGGGAGGUAAAGAAGGGAGCAUAUGGGAUUCUGACAUUGUACUUGUCGGUGUUUAUUGCAGAGAUUCCGCUUAUUGUGUACCGAUGUUUUGCCAUAUGCAUGAUUUACUUUGGAAUUGGAAUGGGAGAAGGAGUUACGUCUUAUUUUGUCAUAAGACUGUUCAUAACAUUCAUUUUUAUGCUCAUGACGAAUGUUAUGCUGAGAUGCAUGUUUUCACCAAAAAACAAUGCAGUGCUUUAUAGCGCUUGUAAUUUGAUCAUUCAUACCAUAAUGGCAAUUACAACAGUACCUAUUACUCUGCACAUGCUUAGUUGUUAUCCAUGCUUUUCGUACUUCAAAAAUGCUAUAUACUUCGUUCUUCUAUUCUGGCCAUUCAAGUUUUUUAAUUCGCUGAUGGAAAUCGAAUACGUCAAGAAGGUUUGGAACGAUGAGAUUAUUAAUAACGAAGAAAACAUUCCAUACAAGUAUUUCUUGAAAGUAUUCUUUUUAUGGGAACCGGAUGUUCAAGUCAUGACCCAUAAAAUCCUUUUUACAUAUUCUGCUGAGGCCAUUAAUGAUGAUGAGGCCAUUAAUGAUUAUGCUAUGUGGAUGUAUGGAUGUGCCGGUAUUGUGAUGGUGGUUGGAGUUAGUUUGUUUUUACUGGGAAGGAGAGUAAGUCCGCAAAUGCGUUUGAAGUUAUCUAAAUAA